AUGCGUCAAAAAAGAUCUAAAAGACCAACCAGACUCACCCCCUCACCAAGUCCAUCGGCAAGCUCGAUCUCGUCGAGUUUUGAUCUUGCCUCGCCGGAUCGCCCGUUUGAUAAUAUUUUGAACUUUCGGGAUGUCGGGAGGGCUGUUAACGAGUUUGCGGGUAAUAGGGUUGUGAGAGAGGGGAUUCUAUUUCGAAGUGCGAGGCUCGACGAUGCGUCAGAGCGGGACAAACAACGUCUCAUAGACGAUAUUAAUCUGUCUACCAUUAUCGACCUACGCACAAACACGGAACAUGACUUGGCGACGCAAAGACGUCAACACUCUCUAUCAAUGAGCUCCUCGGAGAACAUUAGUAUCCCAGACAUUGCCGAUCGGCCACAUCUCCUAGGCUUACCAGGAGUACAACGGCACUUUAUCAGUCUCACAGGACGCGCUUUUGAGAGAUUACUGUUGUGGCGGUUAGACUGGUAUAACUUCAUGAAAGUACUGGGCCUACUAGCAUCGGGCUACCGCAAAGACGCCAUCAAAGUAAUCGCAACGAAAGUCAUGAAACCGCGCGGCCUCAUCGGACUCGGCCAAGACACUCUGGACAGCGCCGGCGCCGAGAUCCGUGCCGUCUUUGAUGUUCUCACCAAAGACGAAUCAUACCCGGUUUUGAUCCAUUGCACGCAGGGCAAAGAUCGUACCGGGUUGAUUAUCAUGUUGUUACUGCUUCUUGUCAAAGAAACGGCAUCAGAUAUACCGCUCACCGCUAUAGCGGCGGAUUACUCCAAAUCAGAGGCAGAGCUAAAGCCUGAGCUGGACUCGUUGAUGAAAGAGAUUACGGAUAUAGGCCUCGAUGAGGAAUAUGCAAAGACGCCGCCGGGGUUUACGGAGGCGCUGAAAGACUAUCUAGAUACGAAAUAUGGUGGAGCGAAAGCGUAUCUUUUGUCGAUUGGGUGUGAGGAGGUAAAUAUUGAGAGGAUUAAGAGGAGGUUGUUGAUGUUGUAA